GGCGGCGCCCAUCCCUCAGUCAAGAUGGCGGCGCUGAGGGCGGCAGGGGCGGCGCUGCUGCGGCCCCGGCCCGGGCCGGCCCCAGCCGCGCUGGGCUACCACAAGAAGGUGGUGGAUCACUACGAGAACCCGCGCAACGUCGGCUCCCUGGACCGCAAUGCCAAGAACGUGGGCACCGGCCUGGUGGGCGCCCCGGCCUGCGGCGAUGUCAUGAAGCUGCAGGUGGAAGUGGACGAGAACGGCAGGAUUGUGGAUGCCCGCUUCAAAACCUUCGGCUGCGGCUCGGCCAUCGCCUCCAGCUCGCUGGCCACGGAGUGGGUCAAAGGGAAAACGGUUGACGAAGCGCUGAAAAUCAAGAACACAGAUAUUGCCAAGGAACUCUGCCUUCCCCCUGUCAAACUGCACUGCUCCAUGCUGGCUGAAGACGCCAUCAAGGCUGCCUUGGCUGAUUACAAACUGAAGCAGGAUUCGAGCAAAGAAUCCGACAAAAAAGCCGACAAUGCCUGAACUGCUUGCACAGCUUCCCCUCCUCCCUCCUCCUCCUCACUCUGCAGUGCAAUUCCCGAGCUGUAGUAGGACCCUGUGCACUACUCAAGCUGUAAGAUACGCACAAGUUACGCACAACAUGUCCCUGUGGUGUCCAGCCACUCCGUAGUGCUCACAACGGCCAGGAUGGGCUCCUGUCCCCUUGGGAAUGCCGUGGGAAGACUCUGCUCCAGAGACACAACCCCGCUGUCUGGUACUGGAAGGGCUGCACUUUUUUUGGGGGUUUUUUUUUUGGGAAGAUGUCUAGUUUUGCCUAAUAUUUUAUGGAAUUUAGUGGGAA